UUUUCCGUCUAUGACAUUAACGUCAAAACAAGGAUUUCAUUUACCGCUAGCCAAAUUGUUUCCAUAUUUUCCGUUAUUUUAUUCAAAUCUGAAUAUGCUUGGUAUAUAUGUCUUACUGUUCCCUUUGUGACGAUCUUAAAAUCUUGGCAUGACAAGUGAAGUUGUUGUUCACGACGUUGUCUGCUAGUGAGCAGCGUGUUAACGGCGCUGUUAGUUGGCGCGCUGGUAGCGGUGCUGGUGGUGCAGCCGUGGGCCAACCACAACCAGACGCGCUAUCGCCGCGCCGCAGUCGCCGCCAAUGGAUACGAAUGCGCUUCUGUUGGACGCGCUAUAUUGGAAAGGCAGGGCUCUGCAGUGGAUGCGGCUAUAGCGACGUUGUUUUGUGAGGGAAUUUCGUGUGCACAAUGCAUGGGCCUCGGCGGCGGAUUCUUAGCAACCAUUUACGACGCACAGACUCGUCGAGUACGAGUCAUCAACGCGAGAGAACGAGCACCAGCAGCAACAACAGAAGGCAUGUUCGCCAACGCGUCUUCAACCGUAGGAGGGCUGGCAAUCGCCGUCCCUGGAGAACUGAGAGGCUAUGGCGCUCUCCAUCGGGAGUACGGACGCCUUCCUUGGUCGGAGUUGGUACAGCCGACGGCGGAACUGUGCCGGCAGGGACAUCGCGUCAACGAAUACAUGGGUCGGGUCUUGAAAUCAUACAGCACCCGAAUUCACAACGAACCUACAAUGCGCGAAUUAUACGUCAAUCCAGCGACCGGGGAGGUCUGGAACGAGGGCGAUUACAUUCGAGAACCAACCCUAGCUCGUACUCUCGAUAUCAUCGCAGAGGAGGGCCCGGAGGCGAUUCACAAUGGUUCCUUAACGGGGGCGCUCGUCCGCGAUAUACAGAACUUGGGAGGAAUUAUAACAGAAGCGGACCUCAACAACUACAGAGUGGAGUGGCAAGAGCCAAUCGAAGUGCCUUUAUCAGAGGAACACACGCUAUACUCGGUGCCGCUGCCGGGCUCGGGCUCCGUGCUGGCCUUCAUCCUCAACAUGCUCAACGGCUGGGUGGGCGUCAACAGCGACGUAGCGCGCGGCUCCAACCUUUACUGGCACCGCGUCGUAGAGACAUUCAAGUAUGCGUACGCAAAACGAACCGGUCUAGGCGACCCUUCACGCUCUAAUCUGACGUAUCAAAUUCGUGACCUGGAACACAAUCUCUCAAACAUUGCAUGGGCCCGAUCGUUCCGAAAUCUAGUGGAUGACAAGCGUACUUUUUCUGAUUGGAGGCAUUAUGGAGCCAUAUUCGAGGGCGCUGACGAUCACGGCACGGCGCACAUCGUCGUGAUUGCUCCGGAUGGCAGCGUUGUGUCGGCCACAAGCACCAUUAAUUAUAUUUGGGGUUCUCAGCGGAGAUCCACAAGUCUAGGGAUCAUGUUGAAUAAUGAAAUGGACGACUUCUCGAUACCGAGCCGUGACUCCUCCUACGGAAUGCCGCCGUCACCAGCCAAUAUGCUAGCACCGGGCCUGCAACCGCUGAGCUCCAUGGUACCGAGUGUCGUACUCUCAAGGAACGGUACUGCAGAUUUGGUGAUUGGAGCAGCUGGAGGGACAAAGAUCACAACACAAGUUGCACUGGUUGCGAUGCAUUCAAUUUUGGAAGGCGAUGAAUUGUCUGAUAUAAUUCCAAGACCUCGUCUCCACCAUCAACUCAUGCCAAUGGAAGUCGAAUAUGAAUCUGAUUUCAAACAUAGCGUGAUUGAAUCAUUGCGCGCUCGAGGCCACGCGACGACAGAGCGAGGUCCGACGGCCGGGUUCGCGGCCAUGGUCGGGGCGGCCAGAGAACACGGAUUUAUAGUCCCGCAAACAGACAGACGCCGCGUCGGUAGCGUUGAUGGUUUCUAGCCUCUAGGCCUUUCACGAUUGAAAAUAAAAUCGUGUGUGAAUUUGAUAUGAAAUUUUUAAAUGUAUCGCAAACAGAAACGAAAACACUGGAUUCGGUUUUCCGUCACUAAUUAAGCACAUUUUUUUCAUAAAAGCGCUGAUUUUAAUGGUGCCUUAAAUCAGGUAACCCCGUGUUUGUUUAUGAAAGUCGUGAUUGUCAAAUAUUUUUUUUUUAGUUUUGUGACUGUUAUUUGAUUAUCUGCAGUUUACGCUGCGUGUGAAAUUCGUUUUAUUUUAAUAUUCGUAGUAUUAUUUAACGUUAUCAUGUUAAUUGCAUUUUUCUGUGGUUUUAAGAUUUUUAAGCUAAUGCUAAUCGUGUACUUAAACUUAAAUUGCCUCGGUUUGAUCUUCGAUAUUAAUAUUAACAAAUUGAAACCGUCAGUAUUAAUUAAUUCGAUAUGCCAAAAAUAUUCGUUAUGGUCGUUUGUAAAUAGUUUUUUUUUUUUAAUUUAUGUAAGACGCUGUGAAUAUAUUUUAACUAGGAAAUAAAGACAAAUUGGACAGUAAAGAUAUUUAUUUAUUUUGUUAUGUGAAUAUCUCGGAUACUUUUGAUAUAAAAUAAACCUUGGAGAUUGUGAA